AUGCAUUCACUUCGCAUGCUACCGUGGCAUCUCCUCCUCCUUCUAGGAGUGGUAGCAGCUCAGGCACCGUCGAUUGACAAACUUCCAUCAUGCGCUCAAUCAUGCCUCGUUCAAGGCUUGAGCAUCUCAUCAUGUCCCACGGCAAAUCACCCAUGUCUAUGUGAUGACACGGCAUACAUGAGUUUCAUGGAUGCUUGCGUCACGAGUAACUGCUUACCAGCUGAUGCCUUAGCCACGCAGAACUAUACUUGGACAGUAUGUGGGCUUCCAGAAGUCAAUGAUUAUGUUUCAAUACAAGUCCCUACAUUAGCGGUCUUCUUUGUGCUGGCUUCCCUGUCAAUCUUCAUGCGAGUGGCAGUCAAGGUUGCAGGUGUCUCUGCGUGGGGACCUGACGAUUGGAUGAUCAUGGGCACCUAUGCAUUUCUCAUAGCAUUUGUGCCGAUGAAUGUGUAUGAGGGCAGGAACGGCGCUGGUCAAAAUAUGUGGUCAUUGACCGGAUAUUACGUUAUGCAAGCCCUUUACCAUUGCACGAUAACUCUGUUGAAAGCAUCCGUCCUCUUCCUAUAUCAGCGAAUAUUCCCUUUUGAACGGCUGAGAAACGCACUUUGGGCAACGCAAGCAUUCAAUUUGAUCAUUGGUGUGAUGUUUCUUUUCCUCGGCAUCUUUCAAUGUAACCCGGUUCACCUCGCUUGGACGCUUUGGAGACAAGACGCUCGAAGCCAGGGAACAUGCAUGAACAUUGUCGAUAUCGGAAUAGCUCAUGGAGCUAUCCAGGUUGGACUGGAUAUCUGGGUGCUCGCGCUGCCUCUGAUGCAGAUACAGAGCCUGAAUCUCAAAUGGGAGAAGAAAACUAGCUUGAUGGCUAUGUUCAGUCUGGGUCUCUUUCUUACGGCCACCAGCUCAGUCCGACUGAGACUCCUCACCGAAGACCUUCAAGGGACAUACAACUUCACAGUGAACUCGCUACCAAUCUGUACGUGGUCGAUAAUUGAGAUAGGCGUGGGCAUUUUUACGGCCUGCGCGCCUAGCAUCCGACAGUUCUUCCGAGUCUUCAUUCUCAGACGGCGUGAUGGACAGGCGAGGUUGCACUCGGAACCCGGUCUCGGUAGGGCUUCUGGAGACGUCGUCGAGAGGGUUCACUAG